GAAAAAACAUUUAUAUAAAGAUAUUUUCUAAAUUAUUUCUAAGAUAUGAGUGUUUUAAAAAAUUUAACAUGGGAUGUUUAGAACACGGGAUUAUGCUUAUGAGAGAGUGGCUCGGGAAUGGACUUCGAGAUGGGUCGAAUGGGCUCCGAAAAUAGUUUUUUUUUUAACUCAAGCCUAGUCCGGAUGACCUGUCAUCUUGAUUGGUUCACAAUAUUUUGUCCAUGUGGCAGAGCUUAGAAAGAAGGGAUUUAGUCCCUUUUAUAUAGUAGGAUUACAUGCUUCAGUUAUUUAUUUGGUGUAUAUCUUGUACUUCAGAUAUUUAUUUGGUCAAACAAUUAUUAUGUGGUCAACAGUUUUUUGUAAACAGUUUACAAGAAAUCUUGGUAUAUUUUUUUGUUCUUACUAUAUUUUCUUGUUCUAAUAUUACUUUUAUCAAAUUAGUAUAUAUUCAGGAAAUGUGUUACCUGUUUACAAGAAAAUCUUGACCACAAAAUAAAUUAUUGACCAAAUAGAUAGUUUAUAGAUGAAUUUGACUGAACGGUAUUCCUUCCGUCUUAUAAAUUAAAGAGUGUCGUUUUAACAUUAUAAUUUUGUUUUACAAAAGUGUUACUUUACAUUUUUAAUGCAAAUUUGUAGACAAUAUUUCAAUUUCAGCCUUAUUACUAGUAAUGCAUUAAUUGAAAAGAUCAUGUUUUUAAUGCAUUAAUGUUGGAAAAUGAUUUUUAAUAGUUUUCUUACAUUUCCUUUAAUCUCUUUAGAUAUGUAGAGAGAAAGUGCAUUAACUAAGUAAUAAAUAUUUAGUUUCGUGUUUCAAGUAUAAUCUAUCUAUCUAUAUCUAUAUAUAUAAAGGGGAGUUUUCUCUCACCUCCUACUGCCACAUCAUCUCUAUGCAUAGGGCAUUUUGUGCCACCUGUCCACUUCUUAAAAAAAACUAUCGGCAAGUUUAUUGUUUUCACUGUGUUUUGUGUAUUGGGCCAAGUGCAUUGAAUCAUGUUUAAUUCAUAAGACCCAAUAGUGCUGGUCCACCUCCGUAUCUCCUCGGAUCUCGACGCCUCCGGCAGCGGCUACCGUUUGUAUUCUUCUGACGUAUUAGAUCAACCAUUUACGUUUCAGUGGGCUUUAAAUACAUAUGCUAUAAAACAAAAGAUUUCUAUUGAUGAAUUUAAGAAACAUGCAUGUAACCAGACGGUUGUUACAUGUCUUCUAUGUUUCUUGAGGCGCUUGAUGUGAAAAGAGGGUGAGCUCAUGGUCGCGGACAUGAUGCUUCUUGAUGAAAAGGUAUGUAUCUAUGUGAUAAGCUUCUACAGUCGUUAACCCCAAAUUUGCGGAAGGUUCCCUGCGUUCCAAGAAGUAGAUUGUCAAUAUUUUUGAUUUGUGUUCUUUUCCUUGAGUCCCUUGAUAAUGUGUUUUACAUUGAUUUGGUAGCCAUAUAAACAAUUACCGUACUUUAACUUUCAGGUUCUUCCAUAUUUUUUUUCCUUAAGUUUCUAAUGUAUAAUUAUGUUGGUUUGAACAGCCCUACUGCAAUUCGUGUGCUUAAAGCAGCACUCAAUGAUCAACAUGUCAGAAUUCAAGUAUGUCUCAGAUGCUUAGUUGUAGUGACAAACUCAUUAUAAAAGGAUUUAUAAACUUUUUUUCUAGGAUGCCGUGAAUGAGAGACACUCUUAUUCUAUGGAGCCGAAGAAGCUACUAAAGAAAGAAAGUCUUACUGCUUGAAAACUCUGUUGAAUUUCCCAGUAAACUCUUGACUGGAAAGGUACUUAUAACUUUCCCUGCUGAUAUAUAGUUUCAUUUAUCUGCCUCCAAUGAUCGUUAUUGGUUGAGUUCUGCAGAACAUGGCCUCCAAAAAUCAAUCAAAACUGUAUGAGCCCAUAGAAGAGAUUGAUAUAAUGUUGAACCAGACAUCAUCCUCACCGGAGCUCCAUUUUUCUUUCAUAUCUCAAAGUCACCGAUUGUUUUUUUUUUUGGCAGGUGAACCUAAGGAAUCUGAAGUCACAUUCCUAGCUUUAACAUUCAGUUAUAAAGUUAAUCACAACACUGAGUUGCUACCUUUGGUACAUUCCCCAAGUCCUACCAAACAGAUGUAUGUAUUUUCUUAAGAAAUAUUUUUUCAAAUCUUUGGAAGUGUUAUUAUAUUAUUUUCUUGACAAUCUAAUACAUUAAUCUUAUUAGUAUUUACAAAGAAAAUGUUACAUUAUGUUUUAUUAAUGCAUAAAACAUGGAUAUAAAAAACAUAAAUAUGUCCAAAGCUUAACCUGAGACGUAUACAUGCCCCUCUGAAGCUCACUUGAAAGAGUUUUUCAUGUUAUCUCUUACGUUUUAUAUUUAUUGCUUUUAUUUUUAACUUAUUCAUUUAAAAUUCAUUAAUAAAUGUAUAGAUAAAAGUUAAACUAUCGUAAGAUUAUUACUGUCUGUUUGAGAGGGUGGUUUAUACUUGCAAGGUUUGGGUAAUUAUAAUUGCAUAAUUUUCAAUAACAUAUAAGAAAAAUUCAUAAAAUAGAAGUUAAGAGUGUCAAUUAGCGAUAUUGUUUUUAACAUUUCAUCAACGUAACUCACCAAAAAUUUUAAACAUUAACUCUGCCAGUUUUUGUUUUCAUUAAUAAUCAUUAAACCCAAGAUAAUAGAAACUGACAAAUUGUCAGUGACAAUACAUUGAGGAAACCAGCGAAAAAUUAAAACAUAAUUGGAAAACGAAGGGUGUCCAACUCGGGAAACAAACCGGACAUAGCGAUAAAUUAUAGGGAUGUGUUAAAAACUGGGAAGUCAAGCUACGAAAAAACAAAUCAGAAAUUUAUGAGUACAAAUCAGAAAUUAAGAACGAGAUGUGAGACUGAUUGUUCUGUACGAGCAAUAAUAGCUCUAACAAAUGAUAGAAAAAGUGGCAGAAGAAUAUGGUAAUGAUACUUUUACUUUAAGAUAUGCAAACAUAUAUAUAUUUUAAUGAAUAAUGAUGCUUUCACUUUUAGAGAUAGAAAAGGAAAACACAUAGUAUAAAAGAGAGCGUAAGCAACGCAGCUUGCAUAAUUGGAGAGGAAGGAUGCUACAAGAAUAAGUGGAGCUAAGGGAAGGCUGUUACUACUACCCACUUAUGUGCUCCAAUGUUCCAAGUUUGGUUUAGAUCCAGUAAGGUCCACUAUUGUGUCUACUAUGUUUUUCUUUCAUGUAAUUUGAAUCAAGAUCAGUUAAUAAAGACAUAGUUUUCAACUUUGAAGAGUGACGGAAAGGUUGAGACAUGAUUUUCAUUACGAGAAGAUGAUCAAAUUUUGAGAACAUAUACCGAUCGAGCUACUCACACUUAACGAAAGGCUAUUUAUAAAAAGCUAAUAUCAUGUUUUUCUUAACAUACUUUCUGGCAUACUCAUUGCACUUGCACAUCACUAAUCCUAUAUCAUAUUACAUUUUAUAUUCCUAUAUCAUAUUACAUUUUCCUCAAUAGAAGAAGAACAUCCUUAAAUAUUUGGGCCAGUAAGUUUUAUGGUCUCUUUGUAACAUUCUUACAUUUAAGCCGGUAGAUAUGGUUGUCAAAUGAAUAGAAAGAUUAAUAAUGCCAAAAAACAGUUGACUAACUACUGGUCACUCUAAAAUAAAUGUAAGUCUAUCAUCAUUAAAUUGAACCAAACAAUAGUAACUGAGUUUCCUUACUUUUUCGUUCGGAGAACAAUAGCAUUUUUUGUCGUUUUGGUAUUAAAGAUCAGACGAGGCACUCAAUCACCUACGCAAUUCUGCAAAUGCAAAUUAUCUUUGUGGUUUAUUACUUUUGUGCACAUGAAAAAUCAAGAAGAAAAAAAAGUUCCUAGAUACCCUAGACUGGAAACGCACACUACCUACAUCCGAUCGUUGCUGGAGAAAAAUUAAAAAAAAACACUCAGUCUCUUCCUAUUCAGCUGGAGGGCGUAUAUCUAAAAAAUAUGGCUAGACUCGAACCCCCAAAAAGUUGCGACCUCCAAAACAUAAAUCAUCUAUGCAAGAAUUGUUACUACUUCAUAAGAGUUGAGAAAUUUGUCGAUUACAUUGUUCAUAAAUAAAAAAAAUGUCAUUGGUUACUUUGAUUUUUAAAGACAAAGCUGAUUUUACAUUUUUUCUAUCAUGAAUAUUUAAAAAUCUUUAAUUUAUUGUUUGCUUUACUUUUGAAAUUAAUUAUUACUCCGUCAUGUACCUCCUGCCAUCAACUUUCCGUUUAGGAUAAACCCAUAAAAUUCAAAAAAUAAAUAAAAUUCUUUAUACAUACGUAAACCAAAAAAAUACAUUUCCCCCAUAAGUUAAUUUUUGUUUUUGCAUUUUCACUAACAUGUACUCAUAAAAUCCAUUAUUAGUCACGACUCUCAAUUCUUAAUUAGCAAGAACUACUAAUUCUAACUCGACUGGAUAACAACUAACAGAUGAAAAAUGAAACUAAUUGAAUUCAAAAGAGAAAAUAACGUCGAAACCCGGCGCGUAGCGCCGGAAUACCCCUAGUUAAUAAUAAUAUAUACUCCAUCCAUUUCAAAAGUAUACAUAUUCUAGAAAAAAAAACUGUUUCAAAAAUAUGUAUUUUUUAUAUUUCCAAUGCAUUUUUGUUAAUUAAUAAUAAAAAAUUGUAAACUUCAAAAACAUUAAUUUCAUUUCUUAAAGUUUUUUUGGUUUAGAAAUAUAGGAAAUAUAAAAUUAUAAAAAACUAUGCAUUAAUAACUAUGUUCUACUCCCUCCGUUCCUAAAUGAUCCAUGUUUUAGAAAAAUAUUUUGUUUCUAAAAGAUCCAUAUUUUAUAUUUUCAAUGUAUGUAAUAAUGGCAAACUGUAAACUUCAAAAACAUUAAUUGUGUUUACUGAAUUUUGAUUGGUUAAAAAUUAUAGGAAAUGGCUAAACACAGAAAAUCAUACAUUUAUUAUCAAAAUUUUAAGUGUUUUCUUAAUAAGUGUGAAAAUUCUAAAACAUAGAUUAUUUAGGAACAGAGGGAGUAUUAUGUUUUAUUAAUAAGUGUGAAAAUCUUAAAACCUGUAGUAUUUUGAAGCAGAGGGAGUAUACUACUCAUCUUCCACAAAGAUAAAUAUUUUUGGAAAAUACUUGUUUCACAAAGAUAGUUUUUUUUGUUUUCUAUAAUUUUUAUUAUUUAAUGAUAAAAAUGUUAUUUAAAAAAUGAACUUAUUAAAACACUAUCAGUUUAACUUUAUUUAAAACUAAUAAUCAUAGAAAAAUGUAUUAUUUAUACAAAAUUAAUGUGUUCUUAAUAUGUGUGAUCAAGUAAAAAAAUAUAUUUUUGUGAAACAAAUGAAAUAACAAUUAUGGCAAGAAGUUAUAUUGUAAAAAAAAAAAAGACUUAAGGCAUGGAAGACAGAUGUGGCCAGAGGUCGUGAAGUUCCAAGUAAAGGCAAAAACUUCGACGGUUACAAGAAAAAUACUUGUCCGAACACACAAAUUCUAUAAAUAUUAAAGACAUGUGACCACCUGCAUUUCUUCAUCAGCAUUAUCAAACUCUUAAUACACCAAUAACAUUAGAAAAUGGAGACAUUACUUACAUCAUUGGCUAUGGUUGUUGUAUUGUGGUGGAUAUGGAAAAUUGUGGAGUGGGUUUGGGUUAAGCCUAAGAUGCUAGAGAGUUACCUGAGAAAACAAGGUCUUGUCGGCACUCGUUACACGCCUCUUGUCGGAGAUGUGAGAAGAACUUUUAGCAUGUUGAAGGAAGCAAGAUCGAGACCAAUGAAACCAACGGAUGAUCUCAUUUCACUUGUCAUGCCUUACUCCUUUCAAAUGCUCAAUACUUACGGAAAUACCUUUUUCACAUGGUUAGGACCCGUACCAUCCAUCACAAUAAUGAAUCCACAACUGAUCAAAGAAGUGUAUAACAAAGUUUAUGAUUUCCCCAAGACUCACACGUUUCCUUUGCUUGCGUUGAUAACUGAUGGACUCGCUAAUGCUGAUGGAGAUAAAUGGGCUAAACACCGGAGGAUCAUCAACCCGGCAUUCCACUUUGAGAAGAUCAAGAAUAUGGUCCCUACGUUUCAUCAAUGUUGCCGCGAGGUUGUGUGCGAGUGGGAAAAGUUAGUUUCAGAUAAAGGGUCCUCUUGUGAGGUUGAUGUUUGGCCAUGGAUUGUGAAUCUAACCGGGGAUGUGAUUUCUCGUACCGCUUUCGGUAGCAGCUAUAAAGAAGGACAGAGGAUAUUCAUACUACAAGAGGAACUAGCAAAGCUCAUCAUGCAAGCUCUUGGAAAGAAUUACAUCCCUGGAUAUCGGCAUAUCCCAACAAGGAAUGCUACAAGGAUAAAGACAAUAGUUAGAGAAAUCCAAGUUAUACUAAAAGGGAUCAUUAGCAAAAGAGACGAGGCUAGAAAAGCUGGAGAAACCCCAAGUGACGAUUUGUUGGAUCUACUUCUUGUAUCAAAUUCAGGUGAAACUAAAGGAAAUGGACUGACCACCGAAGAAAUUAUUGAAGAUUGCAAGUUGUUUUAUUUUGCGGGACAAGAGACCACUUCAGUGCUUUUGACUUGGACCAUGGUUUUGUUAAGCCAACACCAAGACUGGCAAGCUUGCGUGCGAGAGGAAGUGAUGCAAGUUUUUGGUGAUAGAGACCCCGAUCUUGAAGGCAUUAAGCAACUCAAAGUUCAUUUUGAUGAUUUUGUUGAACGAGUCCUACAGAUGACGAUGCUUCUUUAUGAGGUCCUUAGGCUUUACCCUCCAGUCAUCCAGAUGAACCGAGCGAUCCACAAAGAGAUCAAACUAGGCGAUAUGGCAAUACCAGCCGGUGUUCAAGUCAAUAUACCUGUUCUGCUUAUCCAUCGUGACACUAAGCUUUGGGGCGAUGAUGCAGCAGAGUUCAAGCCCGAGAGGUUCAAAGAUGGGGUCUCAAAGGCAACAAACAACCAGGUUUGCUUCUUGCCUUUUGGAUGGGGACCGAGGAUUUGCAUCGGUCAGAAUUUUGCUCUCUUGGAGGCAAAGAUGGCUCUGGCUUUGAUUGUACAGAGAUUCUCCUUCGAACUUUCUCCUUCUUAUGUGCAUGCACCUUACACAGUCAUCACUAUUCAUCCACAGUUUGGUGCUCAUCUUAUCCUAAACAAGCUAUGAUCUUGUGAUAAUAUUACAUAAACUUGUUAUACACGAGCAAACAAGACAGCGUAGAGAAACUAAUCAAGAUCACAUUCAUAAAACCAUGUUUCUGAAUGCUUCCUUGAUAACGACUCCAUCUUUUUAGUGUAAUACUUAUAAGUUUAAAUAAAUUUAUUAUUCGGGAUGUGUACACCUAUAAAUAGUCACCAAUAACCUUUUUUUUAAACACUUUUUUUUUAAAAACACUUGUGUUGGACAGUCACCGAUAACCAUAUAUUCAUUUUUGUAAAUCGAACUGAAAGUUGUCCUAACUGUAUUUUAUUGAGUUUCAUGGACAUCUAACUUGUCCCAUUAACUAUUGCAAAGUUAAUAUUAUGUAAUCAAAGAAAGUGCAUAUAAAUAUUAUUCUUUUCUGAUUCAUACAAUAUAAAUUUAUAUAGAUUUUGAAGGUUUAUUUUUUAUUAUAUCAUUUUUUUUUCUUUUGCCUGAAUUUCUUUUAUUAUAUAGUUUCUUUUUCAUAAGCAAUUAGUUUUGUUAGUUUAUAUUUUCAAGAUCUAAAUAAUUAAUAAAUUAAAUUGUGUACAUUAUUAUAUUUUCAUAUAUAUCAUAAUGUAAAUUAACAAUAAUACAUGUCAAAAUCUAAUUAAUCGUAAAUAUAUUUCAUUCAAACGAUUGAAACAUAUUUUCUUUAAUAUAAUGGGAUACUUAGAAAAUUAAAUCAGUGGAGAGGUUAUUUGAAGCAGAUGUAAAUCUGUUCAUAUAGUUUACUAGUUCAGUACAUAUAAGGGGCAAUGAGAAGUAAAAAGCAAUGAAUAGUUGACAAAAAAAACGCAAAAUAAUUAACCAAGCGCUUGUAGCUUGGUGGUAAAGGAGAUACAGCUGUACUGUCCGCCACCCGGAUUCGAGUCUUGGCUACAACGGAUUUAACAUCCCUUUCGUUGGGGCGCUGGACUCCUUUCGGGGUGAUAGUUGGGAAUGUGGCUGCCCAGAUACCAGAGUUAUAAAAAAAAAAAAA